ACAAAAAAACGGAGAAAAUAAAAAUAAAUGAAUAAUACGUGUAACUAAACAAGCUGUAACAGAGAUUUAAUUAAUGGGAAAUAAAGAAGCGACUGUGAUUGAAACGUCUUGCAGCAUAACAUGCAGGGGAAUCUCAUUGUAAAAUAUUGCAAAAUUUUUUGUCUUGGAGAUAUUGGACGCCUAGUUUGGACAGAUCGAUUCAAAACUGUGAAGUGUAACUUUCUCUGUUGUUUUACAGUUCACGUAGAUGUCCUAUAUUGAUCUUUUCUAAGUAUGGAACUUGAAACAGAUAUUCCAUGCAAAAAUUGCCAACAUAGAGAGGAAUUGAAUGAGAAAUCAGAGACAGCAUGUAGGAUCAGAAAUGACAAAAAAUCCAGACAAUGUAGUCACAAAAGCAACUGUGAUGCCUGUGAAACUGCAAGUGGAAGAAUUGAAUACAAUGGACCUGACAAAGAUGGCUGUCAUGAGAGACAAAGAAAUAAAUUGAAAUCAAAGUGUUUGGAUAAAUUUCAGCACUGGGACAAUAGGUGCUGUAGAAAGUGGGUUGGUAGACAAAACCAGAGCACAACUUCUUAUAGAAGUAGCAGCGUGGACCCAGGUUGCAGACCUGACGAUAGCUUUUGUAUGAAUUCUAAUUCUGUGUGCAGAUGUUCCCAGUCUACAUUAAAAGAAAUAACAAAACAAAGCUGUAAGAGAAGUUUUGUAUGCAGUUGUAAUAGCUGCAUUAAUACAAGCAGCAUUAUGGUACACAAGCACGAAUGCUUUGACUGUUCCCAAAGAGGUAAGAGGCCUUGCCAUGGUUUGCAUUUUCACAAUAGUAAAAGUAGACAACAUGGGUAUGACUUAAGUGCAUUUGAUGGGCGUUCCUUGAUGGAUGGAACGACAAACAGAUCUUCAUGCUGCAAACAUCGAUGCUGCUACCACUGCCAAGGUUCUAAAAAACCUAAUGAAAAAUUUCAUUUAAACUCACAUGAAUAUACAGUUUGUAGCCAAAGUACAAUAGGAAUUGAGAAGCAGGCAGUCUCAACCAUGACAGGUCCAAUAAUUUCUAAUAGUUCGCCAUCUCAAGAUUAUGUUGUUUAUGGUUUAAAUGUUCCUGCUGUUGAAAACGAACACAAUUAUUUUGGAGAUGAGAGUGGCUCACAAAACACUAAUGGGUUGAAAAAUGGAUUAAUGUCAAGCUGUGAUAUGAUCACUCAGGAAACUGAAAAUAAAAAACACCAGGAUGAAUGGCUGAAACUUAGCUUAAAGAUUUCUCAAGGAACAAGACUUGGAGUUGAAGGAUUUUCUAAAGAUGAUUUGAAACUUUCUCUUCCAGAUGCUAAAGAAUGCUUCAAUGGAAGCAAUUGCUUUGAUUCUCUUGAAAGUCAUAUUGAGGAAUUAAAACAAGUUGGUCCCAAUGUAUGUUCAAUGCACCCUUGUAACAUUUACUAUCCAAACAGGUGUCCUAGAACAGAUACUUCUUCUUGCCAUCAGCCACGGGAGAAGAAUUGUUUGGAAGUCCAAAACACAAUGAUCUGUAUGACUGAUUUAAAUUUACCACCAAAUACUACGGAUGUGUUUUCUGUUGUCAACACAUCGGCAAGCUUAAGGUUGGAUUCAUACUGUUCUUGCUAUAAUACACAUAGGAGAGAAAAAUCUCAAUCUGCAGCACUGAAUCAGAUAAGCACUCAGGGUUAUUCAGUUUAUAAAGAGAGUGGUUUUGACAGACCUGCAGUACUACCUGAUCAAAGGAUGACAGGCUCCAUAAAUCACAUCACAAUUCCUUGUGAUGGACUUUUUAAGGAUUUGCACCAAGGAGGUGCCAACUUUAAGGAGUCCAACAUUUUUCGUGCUCCCAAGUAUAAAUUUUUUAAAAAUGAAUCGGUUCCUUUCUCUGGGAACAAUGAAGUAGUGGCAAAUCAGAUAGAUUGUGAUUCUGAAAAUGCAUGCUCAAAGCAGAACACAAUACAGAUUUCGCCCAGGCAACAUAAUUCUGUGGGGACCUGUGAAAAAGGAUCAGCACCUGAAGAAAUUUUAGCUAAUCAUGAUAUGGUACUUUCUCAUGGUAACUAUCUGAAAGGCAAUUUAAGGCAAGGAAAUGUGGUAGGAACAGGAUCAACUAAUAAAACAGAUGAUGAUACCAACAUAGUGCAGCUACAUUAUUCACGGUCCACAGAAUAUCUAGCUCAGCAUAGUGGUUUAGAUGCUCAGUGGCCUGCAGAUAAUAAUAUUAUAGUUGAUCUUAGCUCCAGUGGGAAUGAAUGCAUUAACAUCACGCCAGGUGAUACACUACAACCUGCCAGUCCCUUGAAAGAUGGGGGAGAAUAUAGACCAGAAGGAGAUGUACAAGGGAAAGAACUUGAGAAUGACAUUGUGGAUAAAAAGAAUGCUGUUAGCAGUGUAAGUGUGGACAACCACAAAUCAGUUCAUAAUGUUAAGGAAGGAGGAUCUGUUGGAACAUGUGGAUUGCAGGAAAUUAAUUUGCCCUGCAAAUGCCCUUCUACCCAUAAUGGUGGGGAUCACCCAAUAGUUUAUAGCAUGAAAACUAAUUUAAGUGCCUCAGAACACAACUUAAUGAACUCACAGCUACGUUCUUCUAAACACAGCUCACAUGAUCCACAGGAAGCUGAAGCAAAUAGAAAUUUUCAAAUGUGGGAUAGAAAUAUAAUUUGUGAUUUAUGUGGACAAGGUCCAUCUUUAAUGUAUGGAGAAUGGUAUGCUUGGUGCUGUGGUUUGCGUUCACGUUAUUGUAAAUGCUCAGAGGAGCAUAAACGAAAAUUGCUGAAAUCAAUGGAACAUAAGAAAGCAAAAUCUUUACACAAGUGGAAGGGUUAUCAGUGGAGUGGGAAGGUUCAUAGAAUGUGCGGUCUUUGGUCUUCAGAAGUUUUUGAAAAAGAUGACACACGAGAUCAAUUUGAGGGGCUGUUGGUUGCUGUACGGAGAGCGAGAUCUUUUGUAUGUGCAGAGUGUAAGAGAUUUGGAGCUACUCUUGGUUGUGGAGCAAAGACAUGCAAGAAAAUUUAUCAUUAUCCUUGUGCAGACUGGCUUUCUACCAAGCUAUGUUGCCGGAUGUGGGAAGGGUUCAGAAGUCCAGUUUUUUGCUAUUACCACAUAUAUGCUGAUGAUUACCAUCUUACUGCUAAGGACAGGAAGAUACAUGCUAAUAUGAAGUACAUAAACAAUCCAGAUUUGAAUGGCACUAUUCGUGAAAAAAUUGCACAUCAAAAAAUUACAGUUAAAGAUGAUCCCGAUGUGAAAAAUCAGGAUGUAACCAAGGCAAUUGCCGACAAUGUAGAUGUUGCUGUAUCUUGGGAACUGUCAAGCUUUUUAAAGAUGAAAACAGAAGUUGAUUCAACAAUAAGCAAUCAGGGAUUUAGUGAUAAAGCAACUCCAUCCAGGAUAACAUAUGGUGGAAUAAAGUAUUUGGGUCAGAAUCUUAUAUGUGAAGACAUAUCAAAUGGCACUGAAAUGAUAAAAAUACCAUGCACAAAUGACAGAGAUAAUGUUUCAAUCCCAAAAUUUCAUUACAUCCCAACAAACAGGUUCUCAACAAAAAGUAAUAUCAUCCUAGAGAGAGUGAAAUCAGACAUGGAAAAGCAAGCAAAGGCAUGUGAUGGCUGUGAUGAAUUUGACAUGGAUGAUCCAGAGGCUGGAAUUUCUAUCCAUGUUCAUCAGUGUAUCCGUGAUCAAGAUGAUCGAAUUGAUUGGCAAGGAGAGCCUAUGCUAGGUCGCCUAGCAUAUGAUCGUUAUGGUCGUCUUCAGCUUGGCCCAGGAACACCGGAUGUGGUUGAAUGCAAUACUAGGUGCCCAUGUGGAUCAAAGUGUUUGAACCGAAAACUUCAAUAUGGAUUCAGGGUUCGCUUAGAAGUUUUUAGAACUCCAGAUCGGAGAUGGGGCCUGAGAGUACUCGAGCAGAUCCCAAGGGGACGGUUUGUUGUUGAAUACGUGGGCGAGGUAUUAUCUCCGGAAGAAGCCAUAGAGCGUGAGAAUAUAGAUGAUAAUUACAAUGCCAGAUACCUUUUCAGUAUGGAUCAUCCCUCGGUUCCUCCUAAAGAUCAGCUGGUUGUUGAUAUAUUUGGGAUGUCAAAUGUUGUACGCUUUAUCAAUCACAGCUCUGAAGGGAAUUUAUCAAUUUAUAGGGUUUACACAGAGACUGUAGAUCCUAAAAUAUACCGGCUGGGUCUGUACGCAUGUCGUGAUAUAGAAGCUGGGGAAGAGCUUACGUAUGAUUAUAAAAUUCCAAUGAUAGAAUACUGAACUCACAUCUUCUUACAAGCAAAUCUGGCAAUUCUUUUUGGUGGUUGCUGAGCUGAGACUUCCAUUCGUCGGGGUUUAAUGAAAUUCAAAUUCAAAUAUCUAAUACCGUUGUAAUUGAUAGAUCAAGGUCUUACAUCUAUCGGAAUAAGGAAAUCCUCAGAGUUUUUGGUUUUUCCAAAAAAGUUUUACAGAAGAAAGAUCGAAUUAUGCCACGAUUUACAGACAUUCAACUGUAUAGAUUGGAGUUGAAAAGCAUAUGGAAUGUCAUUGUUACAUUUUUGGUGCAGAAGAAUGAUUCAAACCUGCGCCGAGGAUGUAUUUAUGAGAAAUAACGUUUGUUAUUGAAAUGUAAGGUGAUUUUCGGACAAAAGUUCUUUUUCGUUGGGGGAGGAGAUGGAGAAAAGUCUAUAUUAAAAAAUUUAAUUAUUUUGGUUUUAUUA